GCGGCGCCUGUUAAUACACGGCGGUACGGCAGCGAAGCGAACGAGAGCCGAGAGCGUGCCGAGUGCACCACACGACGCGGGCAAACGCGAGUGAUCGAGCGAGCGAGCGAGCGAGCGAACGCGAGUCCGCGGCCGAGAGACGAGACUGACGAGAGUGCGUUUGUCGAAGAGCCGCACGGCGUCUCGUGAUACGAUACGAUACGAUACAACACGAAGCGACGUGACCGCGAGGCGCGAGACAUCACCUACCCGCCGCCACGCCACUACGCGCGCCGCGCUGCCGACCGGCAACGGGAAACCUUUGUUCUCCGCGGAGCAGGAGUACGUGGUCCGACAUACGCGAGAUCAAAUUUUCUUCAUCUGUACCGAGCGGUGAGUGAAACAGGACAAUAAAUAUGUCAGACGACAAUUCCCCUGUGGUAGAAGAGCAAAAAAAGAAGAGAGGCAGGCCAGCUAAGGCAGAUAAGAACGCUGUUAAGGAGCCCAAAAAGAGGGGUAGACCUGCUGCAGAAAAGAAUAAUGCAGUACGCCCUGCAAAAUCUGACAACGAGGAUGAUGCACCACCUGGACCUGUUAAAAAGGGAAGGGGUAGACCUAAGGGCUCCCACAAGAAGAAGCAAGGACCACCAAAAGGCACAACUACUUCGUCACGUGGUCGCGGUAGACCGAAAAAGACAGAAGAGAAACCCGAACUUACUGGUGAAGAUGAAGACGAGCAAGAAGAAGAGGAGGAGGAAGAAGAGAAUUGAAGCAUCCACAGAUGCAAUAGAGGAGGACGAAACUAACACAGCUGACUUAUCCUUCGAAGACCUUUAAAUAGAACGUCGUAUUGAAUUGAUUCAUUUUAAGGUUUACUUUUCAUUUAUUUUAACCUGAUUUAACUCUCGAGCGAGUGUCGAAGCGGUGAACACUGUCCUGAUACUCGAGUUUUCUCAGAAACACUCUAGUUCACAGUGCACAUUGCCACACGUUGAUGAUGAUGAAUUCACGUUACUAUUAAGAAACGUCGGAUACAAAAGUUGUGUUACAAAUUUAUUAAGUUCUUUAUAUUUACUUGACAUCACUACUAUUAAAUGAUAAAUGAAAAUCAUACUUUUAAGUACUAAGACUACGUACAUGUAACCUUCUUUAACAGUAAAAGACUGGAUUACGAUGCCGAUCUCGAAACUUUUUUAAUUUGCCCGAGAAGUGAGGUUUGAUAAACUUUUUUUCUAAUUAAAGAAAACUUUCGCAGUAUAGAGAAUAUUGUGUCACAUGUUUGCUACCUCCUUUUCUCCUUCAUAUGCAUAUUACGCGAUUCAUGAAGCCAAAAAAAAAAAGAAUUCCAUACUGAUCUUAUAUUGUAAGAGAUAGAGAAAGGUAAACACGAAAAAGAAACUUCUUGUAUGUAACAUAUGCAGGGACUAUUCUUUUCUAAUUAACAUUAAUAAGUACACUUUCUUAAUGUAUAUUACUGUCGUUUUUGAGGCAAGCAUAUGUGUGAAUGUCAAAUUUGUAUUAAAGUAAAUAAACUCAAAGUACUCUUAUUAA